UGCUGUUUGUAAAGGUGAUAACACUGAUAGAAUCCAGUCACUGCUGGUCCCAGCACACCUGGAAAGUUCUGCUAGGACUCAGCUACAGAAAGUUCAGAGACAGCAAGUAAAACCUUUCAUGACCCUUGACCACCAGAUCGUCCACCAGACUAUUAAACGUUCACACCCUCCAACACCAAGCAGUGCACUUCUGGUACAGCAUGGACACCAGUCUCCUGAGAGUGACACUGGACUCACUGGAAAUCCACUCACCAAGUUGCUAACUCUUGGGAAAGAAGAUGACAGUGUGGAAUGGCAUAUGGAGGACGGUAUUGAGGAUAUAAUCGGUAUGGAAUCAAGUUUUAAAGAGGAAGGAACAGACUCUCCUCUGCUAAUGCAAAGAACACUUUCUGGAAGUAUUUUGGAUGUGUAUAGUGGUGAGCAGGGAAUUUCACCAGUUAAUAUGGGCCUUACAAGUGCUUCUUGUCCAAGUAGUCUACCGAUGAAAAGAGAAAUUACAGAAACUGAUACUCGAGCUUUGGCAAAAGAGAGACAAAAAAAGGACAACCACAACCUCAUUGAAAGAAGAAGAAGGUAUAAUAUUAAUUACCGAAUCAAGGAGCUUGGCACUCUUAUUCCAAAGUCUAAUGAUCCUGAUAUGCGCUGGAACAAAGGAACCAUUCUAAAAGCAUCUGUGGAGUACAUCAAGUGGCUACAAAAAGAACAACAGAGAGCUCGAGAAUUAGAACACAGACAGAAGAAAUUAGAGCAGGCUAACAGGCGCCUUCUACUCCGGAUUCAGGAACUAGAAAUACAGGCUCGUGCUCAUGGUCUGCCAACCCUGGCUUCACUUGGCACAGUUGAUUUAGGUGCUCACAUCACCAAACAACAGGCCCAUCUUGAGCAGAAUUCAGUAGACUAUUGCCAACAAUUGGUUCUGUCUCAGGGGACAAGCCCUGAGCUCUGUGAUCAAGCUAUGGCCUUCUCUGAUCCUUUGUCACACUUCACAGAUUUAUCAUUUAGUGCGGCUUUGAAAGAGGAACAAAGAUUGGAUGACAUGCUACUGGAUGACACAAUAUCUCCAUUUGGAACAGAUCCUCUGCUAUCUGCCACUUCCCCUGCAGUUUCCAAAGAGAGCAGUAGGAGAAGUAGUUUUAGCUCAGAUGAUGGUGAUGAGUUAUAA